AUGGCCGCGUCCGUGGAGGAGGCUCAGACCGCGGUUCGGAGCGGGUUGACAACGGUCUUCGUGAGGAAUUUGCCGACUUCGGCUAACAACGAGCGACUAGAGGAGAUUUACAGCGAACUAGGGCCGGUGAAACGCUGUUUCGUGGUGAAAGAGAAAGGUAGUCAGACCUGUCGUGGUUUUGGAUACGUGACUUUUGCUCUCCCUGACGAUGCCAAGAAAGCUCUCAAAGAAGUCAAGUUCUAUGAUGGCCAGAAACUCUUUGCAUCUCUUGCUAAGAAGAAACUUCUAGGCAAGAAAGAGGCCCCUAAGGAAGCUUAUAAAGUAAAUACAGAACAGAAAACGCAGAAGAAAUUGCAGAGAAAAGCAAGAUUGAUUGUUCGAAACCUGAGCUUUAAGUGUUCAGAAGAUGAUCUGAGAGGUAUUUUCUCACAAUAUGGUGCUGUGCUGGAAGUCAACAUCCCUACUAAAGAUGGGAAGAUGCGAGGGUUUGCAUUUGUUCAGUUCAAGAAUGUCCUGGAAGCUGGGAAGGCCUUAAAGGGAAUGAACUUGAAAAAAAUUAAAGGUCGUCCUAUAGCAGUGGACUGGGCAGUGGCAAAAGACAAGUACAGAGUGAUUGUGGGUACUGCCAAUACAGGAGCUAAUAAUAAAGAAACCCAUACAGAUGUAUUUCAUGAAGAGAGCAAAGAAGAGGAUGGUGAGUGCUCAGGCAGCCACAAAGACACAGAACCCACCAAGCAGCAGAAAGCAGCACCCAGGAAAAGAUCAGUGGUGGAGGAAGUGGAUGAGGAAGUCAUGACAUCAGAUGCUGAAACGGCAAGUUCAGACGCCGAACACGAUAGUGAUCAUGAUGACAGUGACGACGAUGAUGAUUAUGAUGAUGAUGAUGAUGAUGAUGAUACAAAUUCAGAGGAUAGUGAUUUGGAGUCAGAAGAAGAAAAUAGUAAAAAGCCUGGGAAGAAAAAGAAGUCGAGCAAGUCCAGUCUUCCAGUGGAUGUUCAUGAAGGACGGACAGUUUUCAUCAGGAACCUGUCUUUCGACACUGAGGAAGAUUCAUUGGGAGAGCUAUUGGAGCAGUUUGGAGAUCUGAAAUAUGUUCGUAUUGUCAUGCAUCAUGACACAGAGCACUCCAAGGGUUGUGCCUUUGCCCAGUUUGUGGCAAAAGAAUCAGCACAGAAGUGUGUGGAGGCAGCAGACAACCAGAGUGAGAACGGAGGUCUCAGGCUGGAUGGGCGGAAGCUCAAUGUGAGCGUUGCAGUCAGUCGCGAAGAGGCAAAGAAGCUGUGCCAGAAGAAAUCAGACAAGCCAUCUGGAACUCGUAAUUUAUACCUGGCUCGAGAGGGCUUGAUUCGAGCUGGAAUGAAGGCAGCCGAGGGCAUGAGUGCCUCAGAUAUGUCCAAGAGAACACGGUUUGAGGAGCUGAAGCGACAGAAGCUGAAGGACGUGAAUAUCUUUGUCUCGCCCACCAGGCUGUGCAUCCACAACAUUCCAAAGUCGGUGACCGACGAGCAGCUUCGGAAACUUUGUUUGCAGGCUGUUGGUGCGAAGGAAGCACGGAUAAAGGAGUGUCGUAUAAUGCGGGACCUGCAGAUGGCAAAAACAAAGAAGGACGGACGGUCUCUGGGCUAUGGAUUUGUAGAAUUUAUGGAGCACAGCCACUCCUUGGCAACCCUGCGCUACCUGAACAACAACCCAGAAACAUUUGGGGCAGAGAAAAGACCAAUUGUGGAAUUCUCAUUGGAGGAUCGCAGGAAGCUGAAGGUCAAGGAGAUGCGGGCACUAAACAAUAAGAAAGCACAGAAACUUAAAGCAGGGAUUCCGGCCGCGUCCAGGAAACCUACUAAAUCUCCAAGUCAUCAACCACAGCAUGAAUCCCUGGAAAGCUCACAAGACAAGAAAAAGUGGUCUGGAUUUUACACCAAGCCCGAGGUAGAGGUGGAGGAACUGGCCAAUGGCAAGAAACGAAAGAAGGUGUUGCCUUUACCGUCACACCGAGGCCCCAAAAUACGAUUGCGGGAUAAAGGAAAGUUAACGCAAACCAAGCCCAAGAAGGUAAAAGCGCAGCAGAGCCGAGCGAAGAAGGUGAAGGUGGCACCUGUGGCAAAGCAGGUUCAAGGGACCAAGAAAAAUAAACAAACGAAGGAAGACUUGAAAUUUAAUUCCCUGGUUGAGCAGUACAAGAAGACACUGCUGGGUGCCUCCAAAUCCUGCCGCUCUGUCAAGAAAAGUAAAUGGUUUCAAGACUAGAGUGGAAGACAGGAAGCCCUGGAUGUGGGAUAGAUCCUGACUGAGACCUUAAUAAGACACCUUUAAAUACCGAGAUUUAGGAUCCCUCAUAACAUUAAUCUUUGACUACACACUGACCAUCAACGUGCUACUCCAGACUCUUCAUGGAAGAUGUUAGCUCUUUUUCAAAGGAGUUAUUUCUUUCUGCUGAAUACUGCCAAAGACCCAAGUCCAACUGGUGGAAAGAAAACACUGUGCUGGAGGGGCUUAACACACAUUUGUCGGGGCACGUGUGUUUAACUCUAAAGUUUGCAAACUGUUGAAGGUCUUCUGAACUUUCCACCAAUCAGCUAUUGGAUUUUAGUAAUGGUGCAGGAGGGAUAUUCCCGGAAUUGAAACUUUAUCUCUUUACUUUAACAUGAACACGAGUGAGAAAAGUAGCAACCCCCAAGUGGUAAAUUUAGGUCAAAUAGUCUAUGGGGGAAACGGAACAGUCGACAUUUUGUGUUGGGACACUUCCUGUGUGCUGAAAGAUAGAGGAGGGAUAGCCAGUGUAAAAAGUUGAAGGGAAGGGGUGGAAGAAGAACAAAGACACAAUAGAACAGAUGGAUAGCAGGUCAGGGUGAGUGUAUGGCAGGAGAGCAGCAGAAAUCACAGAAGGGGAACAGUGAGAGAGGAUCUCACAGAACUAGCAGAGAGAGAAAACCUCAAAGUGGGAACACCUUAAAAAUUCCUUGCGGUGGAGGAGCAAAGAGGAGACGCAAGACUCCAGAUGCUGGAAGAACUCAGUGGGUCAGAUAGUAUCGAUGGAGGGAAAUGGACAGUCGGUAUUUCAGGUCGGGACACUUCGUAUCGAUGAUUUCCCCUCACAGCUGCUGUAAAAUUGCUGACUGAAACUCUUUGAUGGAUUCUCCUUUGGUCAUUUUUUUAACUUCUCGUUCUUGGCUUGGCCAGUUUGUAAUUUACCUGAAUCAAAGCAAGGUUUGCAGAAUGUAGACUAUCUUUCCAUGUGCUGAAUGCUGCUCUUUCCAAAAAAAAAUCCUUGGAUAGGAGAUAGUGAUUGUUUAUAUUACCUUAUAAUCCUUCUCUUGUUUACAGCCUUAUAAAUCUCUCACUGCUUGCCUUACUAAUUUAUAAUCUUUCACUUCAGCUGUGUAACAUCUUUGUCCUUCUGUCCCUUCUCCCUGAUUGUCACAUUUUAUGUACCAUUUAUCCAAUAAUUCCGUGCUCUGCAAAGUCUCAACCAGAUAAAAUGCCUCUUUAAGCUAAAUGGAAAAAGAACCGGAGGUGAGCUGAGAAUUGUUCUUUCACACAGCAGGAAAAGGUGGAGAAAAAUUUAAAAAUAAGUGAAAGGGGAACUUGAUACAUACUUGGAGAAAACAAUUACAAAGCUCUUGGGAAAAUACAGGAGUUAUGAUGACUCUUAUGAUGCAGAUACAAUGGACAAAUUCCAUUAUUUUAAUUUGUCCAAUUCAAUUGAUAUUGGGACAAGACUGAAAUACUAUACCUUCCCUAUUCAGAGAGAAAGAUGACAUAAUCUGAUCGUUAUCGUGGUUCUGGCAUUUAUGGCUUUCAAAGUACUUAUUAGCUAUUAGCGCAUUGGGAUAUUUGAAAGCAAUGUAAAUUGCCAUGUGAAUGCACUCAUUUGAUAUGUCAUUGGAACAGUAUAAAUUCUCCAGGGUCACCUUUCAGGAGAGCUAGGAUGCGAAGUCUAGAAUUAUUAUCAGCAUAGUGGGAUUAACAGGGGCACAGGAGAUGAGAGUUGCCCAGAGCCAACAUUCUCUGGGUUAAAGACAGCAGCCAAAAGAGCUCUGAAGGAUUGCAUGCAAGAACAAUACAGAUAAUUAAGCCGAGGUCUGUAAAGUUGCUUCACACCCUACAGGGUAGUGACUUGGAGCCACUCCCGCAGCAGCUGGUUCGUGUGAUGCGCCCUUCUCACUAACCGCAGGAGACACACCUUUUGGUUUUAAUCAGGCAUUUCAAACAUAUCAAAUUCAUGAUGUGACCUAUUUACAUCCCACCUACACCAUUGUGGGCUCCUCAGACAGCCACUAAUUAAUUCAGUAGCACCAAUGUUUAUUAUUUGAUUUUUACUAAAUUAUUCAGUUGAGACCCCCUCUCAUUGUUAGACAAGGGCUCAGUCUAUAUUUACUUUGGCCUAAUUUUUGAGGUACUGAGCUUGUCAGAACCCUGCUCCAAGAACAUGAAUUUACUUUAUAAAAGUUGAGCAUUGAGUCUGCUAACAGAAAUACUGCAAGUGGUCAUGGUGCACUGGGAUAGGGAUAGAGGCUCAAUCAGAACAAGAACUGGGGGCUUAAGUGGGAUGACUUUCAGCUGUGCUGCUUUACACCUGAUGAACCACCUAUAAAAAGCUUAGUAAAAGUGCUUCACCUUUGACUAACGUUUUAAAAAAAAAUUCUGACAAUAAUACAUUUGAAUCUGGUGGAGAUGGAGUUAGACUUUAGAGGUGUGCGUAGCAUAACGGUUGGUGUGACGCCUUACAGCUUGGGGCAUCGAAGUUUGCAUUUCAAUUCCAGCUCCAUCUAUAAGCAGGUUUGUACAUUCCUCCCUGUGUGAGCAUGGGUUUCCUCUGGGUGCUCCGGUUUCUUUCCACAGUCCAAAGAUAUACUAGUUAAUUGUUUAUUGUAAAUUAUCCCGUGUCUAAGCUAGGGUUAAACUGGUCGGUUGCUGAGUGGCAUGACUCAAAGGGCAUUAUCAGCACUGCAUCUCUAAAAAUAAAAAUAAAAUAAAGCUGAACAGCAUAAACAUAAUUAGAUUAGAGAAUAGGAUUUUCAGAUGCAUGGAUCAUCAACAUCCAUUCUUCCAAUAAUGUAGCAAUGUUGUCAAGGUCGAGCCAUUAUAUUCUUCCUGUGAAGGUGCUGAUUGGACAUAAGAACUUUGGAAAUUGGAGCACGAGUCGGCUAUCUUGCCCAUCAAGCCUGCUCUACUGUUCAAUAAGAUCAUGGCUGAUCUGGUGUUGGACUCAGCUCCACCUACCUGCCUUUUCCCCGUAAACCUUAAUUCCCUGCUUUGCAAAAAAAUCUAGCAGUGUUAUACAUAUACCUAAUGUUGUCUCUACUACUUCCUUGAGCAGAGAGCAGAAAACACAGUUUCUCGUCAUCUCCAUCCCAAAUAUACUUCCCUUAAUCUUGAGGCUAUGUCCUCUAGUUCAGUCUCACUCACUAGUGGAAACAACUUUCCUGCCUCUAUUUUAUCAAUCCCUUUCAUAAUUUUAUAUGUUUCGAUAAGAAAUCGUCAUUCUUCUGAGUUCAUGUGAGUAUAGUCCAAGGUGACUCAAUCUCUCUUCAUUGGCUAACCCCUUCAUGUCUGGAAUCAAUUUUGUGAACCUCCUCUGCGCCUCCUCCAAAGCAAGUAUAUCCUUCAAGUAAGGAGACCAGAAUUGUACAAAAUAUUCCAGGUGUGGCCUCACCCUGUACAGUUGCAGCAUAAUCUCAUGCUCCUAAAUUAAUUUCCUCUAGCAAAGAAGGACAAUGUUCUAUUUGCCACCUUGAUAACUGGCUGCACCUGCAAACCAACGUCUUGUGAUUCAUGCACAGGCACUCCUACUCUGCACAACAGAAUGCUGUUUAAAUAAUAAUCUGAUUGCCUAUUUUUCUUUCCAAAAUGGAUGACCCUGCAUGUACAGAUGUACUCCAUCUGCCAGAUCUUUAUCCACUCACUUAACCUAUCUAUAUCUCUGCAGACUUUCCAUAUCCUCCGCUCAAUUUGUGUCAUCUGGAAACUUAGAUACAAUAUACUCGGUUCCUCUCUUCCUAAUUGCUAAUCUAUAUUAUGAACAGUUGUGAGUCUAGUACUGUUUCCUGCGGCAAAGAUACACCUUUAUCCCAAGUCUCUGCCUUCUAUUGGCUAACCAAUCUUCUAAUCAUGUUAAUUCAUUCACCCCCAACUCCAUGCACCCUAUUGGAAAAAUCUUUUAUGUGGCACCUUAUUGAAUGGCUUUUGGAAAUCCAAGCAUACAACAUCCACCUGUUCCCCUUUAUCCUCUGUGCUCAUUACAUCCUUAAAGAACUCUAGUAAGUUUAUCAAACGGGACCUGCCCUUAUGAGUCUCUCUUUCCCCUUUGAUGAACAGUUUCUCUUUUGAUGAAUUCACCAUGCUUAUUUUUCACAUGUGCUUAGACUUGCUAUUCAGUAAUGAAUCUGAAAUGAGCAAAUUAUAGAACCAAAGAAAGUUUUGCAAUAACAGAUAAUCGUUCCAUGUGUUGAAUGAUGGCCUUUCCAAAUGGAUCUGAAAUGAGCAAAUUAUAGAACCAAAGAAAGUUUUGCAAUAACAGAUAAUCGUUCCAUGUGUUGAAUGAUGGCCUUUCCAAAACUCCCCAGAUAUAAAACAGUCAUUGUUUAUUUCAUCAAUACUCUAUAAUUCUUUUCUCUCACAACCUUGAGAAGCUCUGCUGCACACCUUAAUGAUUACUAGUUUGUAACAUUUCAUCUAAACUCUUUAACUUCUUUGCCCCUCUGUCUCUUCUAACCUACUGUCACUUUAUAAAAAAAUCUUUUUCCAAUAGCCUCUUCCUUUCUGAAGUCUCAAGAAGUUUUAGGUUUGAAGCCGACACCAGAAUUUUGAGCAGAUUAUUUUAGUCGACAGCAGAUGUGCUGCUAUGUUGCUGAGUCGCAUUCCGUUAAUUCAUUAAUUUGAGAUUCUGUCCUCUGGGUUGGAUGUACUUGAAGAAGAAUUAGGGAGACCUUGGAAUGUCCUGCCAAUAUUUAUACCCUUGCUAGUAACUCAUUACUGCUGGCAGACCUGUGCAAAUUGGUUGUUGAGAUUCCAACAUGACAAGAGGUUGCACUUUUUUUUUAUUGCAACCUGUUUUGUGGUCAGAAAAUCAUGAAGCUUGGUAAGUGAAAGUUAUUCCUUAUUACACCGACUUUUUUAACAUUAUUAUCCUUUGUCUUCCUAUUCUUUCCCAAUGUUUUAAAUAUGCGAACUUUUCAUAUCUACUCUCAAUCCAUAGGUUGUUAGUAUUCAAGUUUGACCUUCCUGAACAUAAUUCUCUCUUUGAUAAUUUGAGAGUUUGUUUGUACUUUAUGUUACAAUGCACUGCAAUAAGUUUUAGCAAAAUUUAUGUCAAUGGUAGGCCACAAUGAGUAUGUUAUCAAGGGACUUUGUGUAAGUGAUCAGAAAUGCUUACAGUUUGUCACAAGUGUGUAAUAAAUUGUCACUUUCAUUUAAGUGAGAGGUAGGUUAUAGAGUUGGGUUUAGGCUUAAUUCAAGGAUCAAGACUCUAACCUCUGUAAAUUUUGGAAUAAAAACUUUAUAUCUAACUUGUGCUGCACUUCUGUAGGAGACGUUACCUCAUGAGACUUGACAGACACACUGUUCACGAGUCAGUAUAGAGAGACCUUUUCAUUUGGCUUGUACAGUACCUAUUCUACAAGGUUUUGAUGGAAUUGUUUAGGCAAAACUACUCUUCAUCUCACCUGCUCAGAAUCUGUUUUAUGGAAAUGUGUAGCAGGAGAUUUACUCUGUAUGUAACUUGUGCUGUGGGAGAGUUUGAUGUUGCUGUUGGAUGCAUAGAGCAGGAAAAUAUUUCCAUUUACUCAAGAGUAGCAGCCCUCAUCUUGAACAGAUUCCAAUUCUCAUUUUUAUAUUUUGCUGUAUCCUUGGAAACCAAUGUAAGCACAUUUCCAACCCCCACCCUCCAGGCUCAGAGACAUCAGAGUUUUUAAAACUCAUCAGUCAAUCGCUGUGUCAACGUCAAGCUGAGUAUUUUAAAGGAUUUUGGUUUGAAAGUAAAGCACCUAAAACCAGUGAGUAAGGCGGACAGGAACAGGUCAAAGAGCUCUGUAACCUGCAAUAUGACUGCUGAUGGUUUAUUGAUGAUUCAUGCUCCCCACUCAUGGACCCAAAUCUCUGGUCUGUGAUGCAGAAGAUCAAACAUAAGUGAUGCUGGGCCAGUGGUGAAGGAUGUUCUUCCCGCAGGCAAAUAUUUUCAGAGUUAUGCUAGUCUCUGAGACAAAUUCAGUGGAUGGAGGCCAGCAAACACAGGAAAAAUUUAAUUGCUCUAACUUUUAACUGGUUCCUCUCCAAAACAUUGAGGUCAAAGUCUUGUUUAACUGCAUGUCUCGUGAGUAAACUGCUUCUUGUUCAAGAAGUUUUAUAUGUCUGCUUACGUUAUAUCCUCCUGCUGUCCCUUAUUUCUCUAUCAGUUGCAUGUUCUACAAUCUAAGUCGUUCUGAAAAAUCCUUGCACACCUUAAUAUUAAUUAGUUGUUCUCUAACAGCUCAGCUAUAUAUCUCCUUAUAUGAUAAAAAUGCUCCUUGGAAUAUUUUACUAUUUCUGGAUGUCACUUAAAUGCAGGCUAAUUUUCGAGUAUACAUUCUGUGGAUUAUAAUCCAACAUUUGUUCUCUGUCAAUUUUGUGUAAGACCUCAAUGGCCAAAGGUUUAAUUUAUUUUCCAUUUUCUUUAAGAAACAUUAUUCUAAUUAAUAUAACAAUCUACCAUAUGCCUAAAGAAAUUCCUGAGCAGUUUUGUACUAAUCCCCAAAAUUCCCAACCCCAGGCUCUUCUCAUGAGAAGAGCAGACUUCUGAACUAGAAAUCCAGGAUUAAGAACAGACAGUUUAGUCCUUGAGCCUUUCCUACCAUGGCUGAGCUGUGGUCCAAUUUAUGCCUUUGUAUUAUAUUCUGUACAACUUUCAAUGAAUAAAAAUGUAUCAGUGUUGAAUUUUGAGAAGAAUGUUUUAUCUCUCAUCCACUGCCAUUUGCACAAGAGUGUUCAUUUGAAUUACAGGUCGACCUUCACUAAUCCGACUACCUGUAAUCCGGUUCCUUCGAUAAUCCGGCACUGAUUAUGCUUAAUGUGAUCCUUCUGUAAUUUGGCAUUUUCACUAAUCCGGCACUCCUCAGGUCCCAAUGGUGCUGGAUUAGUGAAGGUUAGCUAUUGCUUAAUGUGAUCCUUCUGUAAUUUGGCAUUUUCACUAAUCCAGCACUCCUCAAGUCCCAAUGGUGCCGGAUUAGUGAAGGUUGACCUGUACUUCCUAACUUCACAACUGAAAGGUCCAUCUCAGAUCUUUAGGUUGUGUCUCUUGAUUAUAGAGUCCCAAUCAAGAGGAGUAAUGUUUUCCCAACUAUAUUGUUACCUUUAAUAUUUUCAAACUGAUGUUUAAAUUGCCUUUAUCAUUUUAAA